AUGGAGCACAUGGAGCACCAAGAGGACGAAGGCAGCACGGCACAAUUGAACUCGGAGGGCCAGCAGGGCGAGCCCAGCCAAGAGUUCACGGCGGCAGCGGCGGCGUCUCUACAGGCUCGACAAAGGCGCAGAAUUGCUCAAUUGGAGGAAAAGUUGGAGGUUCUCGAGGCGGGGCGUGCAUUAAAAGAAAGGCAAUCGAACCAAUAUAUGGCUCAAGGAAGGGCGAUCCGGCGUGUGGUCUCUUUGUUCGACAACGUUGAGGAUCUCGUCACCGAAAAUGACCGAAGAUACGAGCUGACCGGUGGUGAUGAGGAAGUCAAUGUAGACCAAGAUCGACUGCAGGUAGGGUACGUCACUCUCACCAAUACCCUGCCAUGGUUCCAUAAAAAGGCCGUAGAGAUGGAGUAUGACGAGUAUGUCCACAUGAUUAAAAUGCUUCGGCAGGGGGCUGACGGCGCCCGAGGUUGCUCUGCCCAGCAGAAAUUGACUGGAACAACCCAAUAUCGCACUGAUGGCCAUAUUGUGACGGAUCUGUCCUUCCCGGCAUUUCUAUAUGACAAAUACACCGCCAACCCGGACGAUCUGGAGGAGGGGCUUUUUAAAGGCAAAAUUCUUCUUCAGGCUUACAAAGCUGUAUUCACGUCGCCUUCCUCCGCAAAGGUCAUCGAGGGCGAUGGUGAUGGGGCCGAUGUCAUCCAAAACAACAGACUCGCUAAGAAAUCCGCUGCUGGUGUCAAAGUCAAGAAACACGUAGCGCAGAUCAUCAAGAUGAGAAAAGUUACUCCUCGGUCUAUCGCUUACAUUUCGUGCCAGGUUCGAUUCACACUCUCUUCUGUCACUUCGUGGCGGUCCGUUGAUGGGGAUUUUGAUUACGUUCAAUUUUGGCGCACUAUCGUAGACUUCUUCGAACGGGCCCCUGGUCGAGAAGCCCAUCGUAGGGUCGACAGACUCCUGGAGUGGUGGACGAGGAAAGUUUUUGGAAGGAACUACCGUGACGACAUCAGUACUGCAGCAAAGGAAAACAUCACCGAAUUGCAGAUGCGCCCGCGUACGUUCGAUGAGCUGGAUCCGAGCACCCACCCCAAUAGCACAAUUCUGGCUCCAGUUUGCGGAUACGCCUACGUACGUUCGAUGAGCUGGAUCCACACCAAAUUGCAGAUGCACCCGCGCACGUUCGAUGAGCUGGAUCCGAGCACCCACCUCAAUAGCACAAUUCUGGCUCCAGUUCGCGGAUACGCCUACGUACGUUCGAUGAGCUGGAUCCACACCGAAUUGCAGAUGCACCCGCGUACGUUCGAUGAGCUAGAUCCGAGCACCCACCCCAAUAGCACAAUUCUGGCACCAGUUCGCGGAUACGCCUACGACCUACAGCAGGACCACGACGGUCUCUGUUUUUUAUGGUCUCGUGCUAAUUACGGCGCAGAGCGUAAUGGUCUGUGGGAUGAACACUGGGAGGCUGUCAAAUGGAAUGCGUGA